ACUCUCCCAUUAUAAUUAACAUAUAACUUUCUUCUCUCUAAAUGCAACGCUGCCGGACGUUAACUGACGGCCGCCGCCGCGUCCGCCUCGAGCUCACCUCAACCUCCACUUCACCACUGGCGAUCGACGACGAAGAAACGGCAGAAACUAGAAUCCGACGUUUAAUAACAGAAAAUCCCGUCAUCAUUUUUAGCCGUCCAUCUUGUUGUAUGUGCCACGUCAUGAAACGUCUCCUCUCCUCCUUUUCCGUUCAUCCCACCGUUAUCGAAUUAGAUGAUAACGAUGAGAUCUCCGCCCUUCCGCCGCCGUCCUCCUCCGAUGGCGCCGCCUCUUCCAUGCCGUCUCUUUUCAUCGGCGGUAACAGAGUCGGCGGACUCGAAAGUCUCAUGGCCCUUCACCUUAGUAGCCAACUCGUACCCAAACUCGUCGAAGCUGGCGUUCUAAGAAAUCCCGCUUAUUAAGGGUAUUUUCGUAUUUUAGAUAAAUAAUAUAUUAUAAUUUUAUUUCCUCUUAAUUUUAUCAUAUUAUUAUUGAAUUGUUAAUAAUUUGGAAGAUGGUUAAUGUAUUGUUAUAAGUGUGAUUAGUCUAUAAUUAUGUUAUUUCUCCUUAAUUAAGAUAAUUGAGGGGUAUUAUUUGUAUCAUUUUAGAUUAGAA